AUGAUGACCAAGGAUGUUCGCAUCGACACCAAGCUCAACAAAUUCCUGUGGAGCAACGGCGUCCGCAACGUCCCUCGCCGCGUCCGCGUGCGGCUCUCGCGAAAACGCAGCGAGGACGAGGAUGCGAAGGAGAAGAUGUUCACCCUGGUCCAACACGUUCCCGUGGAAAGCUUCAAGGGACUGCAGACAGAGAACGUCAGGGAUGAGUGA